AUGUCGAUGGACGUGGAUGCCCCCGUGGCAAUACCAAUCGGCCAAGCCACACAAGCAGCAACAAUCCUGUGUUGUAAUUGUGGAGCGCCUAUCGAUGGGACAGCAGCCGCCGGAGCACUAUGUUAUGAUUGUGUCAAAUUGACUGUGGACGCAUCGGAAGGAAUUCAGCGAGAGGGCACAUUACAUUGUUGCAAGGACUGCGAAAGAUGGCUCAGUCCGCCAUCACAGUGGGUUACAGCAGCGCCAGAGUCAAGAGAACUUCUGGCUCUCUGCUUGAAGAAAUUGAGAGGGUUGAGUAAGGUCCGAAUCAUAGACGCCAGUUUCCUUUGGACUGAACCACAUUCGAAACGGAUCAAGGUCAAGAUCACUGUGCAGCAGGAAGCAUUCGAGGGCGCCAUCAUUCAACAGACCUUUGAGGUUGAGUAUGUUGUUGCGGGACAACAGUGUCCGGACUGUGCCAAGUCAUACACAGCCAACGUCUGGCGAGCAUCAGUGCAAGUCCGGCAGAAAGUGCCGCACAAACGCACAUUCCUCCAUCUUGAACAACUCAUGCUCAAGCACGGGGCGCACAAGGACACCAUUAACAUCAAGGAAGUCAAGGACGGUCUCGAUUUUUUCUUUGCUCAAAGAAAUCAUGCUGAGAAGUUUGUCGAUUUCCUGACCUCUGUCACCCCAGUCCGCGUCAAGAAAUCACAAGAACUCAUCUCGAUGGACAUCCACACUUCCACCAAAUCCUACAAGUUUACUUACUCCUGCGAACUUGUCCCCAUAUGCAAGGACGAUCUUGUUGCCAUACCUCAGAAACUCGCUAAAUCGAUAGGGAACAUAUUUCCCCUGGCUCUCUGCUCUCGGAUAGGAACAGCUAUCAACCUCAUCGACCCAAAUACACUGCAAACCGCUGAGCUGCCAACCAACAUCUACUGGCGGGCACCUUUCAAGAAUCUUGCAGAUGUUACCGAACUGGUUGAGUUUGUCGUCAUGGAUAUUGAGCCCACUGGCCAGCAACAAGGUCGAUUCUUCGCCGCAGAGGCAACGGUCGCUCGUGCUUCCGAUCUGGGAACCAACGACCAAACCUACUUCUGUCGAACUCACCUCGGCGGUGUACUGCAUGUGGGCGACUCCGUCAUGGGCUAUCACCUCACCGGCACUAAUUUCAACAACCCACAAUUCGAGGAACUCGAGAAUAGCGCCUUGGCCUCGCGCAUCCCCGAUGUUGUGCUUGUGAAGAAACACUAUGCACGCAGGAAGAAGCCCAAGCGUAACUGGCGACUCAAGCGUAUGGAGAAGGAGGAGAGCGAGAUGCUUCCACGGAAGCAAGACCAAGCGAAAAUGGAUGCAGAUUACGAGAUGUUCUUGCAGGAUGUGGAGGAGGAUGUUGAACUGCGCAAUACGCUGGCGCUGUACAAGGCUCAACAACAAGCGAAGGCGGGCGAUGCCAUGUCUGUGACCGAGACAGAUGUGGAAGACGAGGAUGUGCCAAAGAUCGAUAUGGCGGAGCUUCUGGACGACUUUGACGAGUUGCGGGUCGAAGACUGA